UUGUUUUUUAGGUUUUAGCCUCUCUCUCUCCUUCUCUUUCUCUCUCUUCCCCCUAGUGGGUGUGUGGGGUUCUCUACGGAUUUAGUAGUGCUCGUGCAGUGAGUGAACAUAUUUUGUGUUCCUUUGUCGUUCCUCGCCAGUUCUCCAAAGCCACCAUGAAACAACAACAAUCUCCCAAUUCCCAAAGGUGUUUUGGCUUGCACUUGAGACAAAACAUGAUUUCGUAAGCGAAUGAGGCUUGUUUUUGCUGUUCUUCUUGUGGGUUUUGGUUUCCUAAGCUUUUUGUUAACCGGGUUUUGAACAAAAAAAGGUUUUUGGUUGGUGGGUUUUGAUCCGUUGGAUAAACAAAAGAAAGUGAAUGUAAGUAUGAACAAAUAGAGAAGGAUAAGAAUGUGUCACUGUCAGUUUUGAGCAAGUGGGUGUUUCUUGAGAAUUUAUAUUAUUAUUAUUUACGUUUUUGGGGGGUUUUAGGACUGGUGGGCACUUGGCUCUCAGUGUCUCUCAUAAGCUGACUUAUCUCCCGGGCUACUUGGGUUUUUGUUAUCAUUUGGGGAAGCAACUUCUGAUUUUGGUCUCUUCUCAUUCAAGUGAAGAAUUUAUUAAAAAUCUUAACACCAUUUGCUCUCGUUCUCUCUCUCUCUCUCUUUAUUUAUCUAUCUUCUCUCCUUGGUUUGUGGGAAAGAUUCGGUCAUACUAAGAGGAAAAAAAAUAAAAAAAAAAACCCAGAGUUUUUAGGAUCCAUUUUUUCUUUUGUUCUCUCAACGUCCAGAAGUACUCAGCUGUUACAGACCUUUGAAAUUUGUUUUAUUGGGGUGAGUUUUGGUCUCAAAGUGGAGGUUUGUUAGAAGUUGAUAUUGAGAUUUGUGGAGGAGAAAAGAGAAGUAGAUCUUGACACGGCCAAAAUGAAGUUCAUGAAACUUGGAUCUAAGCCUGAUUCAUUUCAGACUGAUGGGGACAAUAGUAGGUAUGUGGCAAGUGAAUUGGCAACAGACAUAGUUGUUAAUGUUGGAAGCGUGAAGUUCUAUUUGCACAAGUUUCCCCUGUUGUCCAAGAGUGCACGCUUGCAGAAACUGGUCUCGAAUUCAAAUGAAGAAAACACUGAUGAAAUUAACAUUCAUGAUAUUCCAGGUGGUCCUGCUGCUUUUGAGAUAUGUUCCAAGUUCUGUUAUGGUAUGACAGUUACCCUGAACGCCUACAAUGUGGUUGCGGCCCGAUGUGCAGCAGAGUACCUUGAGAUGUAUGAAACUGUUGAGAAAGGAAAUCUUAUCUACAAGAUCGAUGUGUUCCUCAACUCCAGCAUUUUUAGGAGCUGGAAAGACUCCAUUAUUGUUCUUCAGACAACAAAGUCUCUUUUUCCAUGGUCUGAGGAACUUAAGGUGGUCAGUCAUUGCCUUGACUCUAUUGCUUCCAAGGCUUCCAUUGAUACUUCCAAGGUGGAGUGGUCCUAUACUUAUAACAGAAAGAAACUCCCAUCGGAAAAUGGUACUGAUCCUCUUUGGAAUGGUGUUAGAAAAUUACCGACGGUUCCAAAGGACUGGUGGGUAGAAGAUCUUUCUGAGCUCCAACUUGAUUUGUACAAGCGAGUGAUAACAACUAUUAAGGCAAAAGGCAGAAUCUCUAGUGACAUAAUUGGAGAAGCCUUACAUGCAUAUGCUCUCAGAAAGCUGCCGGGUUUUAGCAAGGGCAUGAUUCAGGGUGGUGAUAUGUCAAAGUAUAGAUCAGUGGUGGAGACUAUUAUACGGCUAUUGCCUUCGGAGAAAGGCAGUGUUUCCUGUGGUUUCCUGCUUAAGUUAUUGAAAGCAUCAAUGACAUUAGAAUGUGGGGAACUGGAAAGACAUGAACUGAUGAGAAGAAUAAGCCAGCAGCUUGAAGAGGCCUCAGUGGCGGAUCUUUUAAUUCGAGCCCCAGCCGGGGAAACAACCAUUUACGACUUUGAUAUGGUGCAACGCCUGGUUGAAGAUUUCAUGACGCAUGAACAGAAUGCUCGCGCUGAUCCUCUCAUGGAAGAUGAAUUUCAGGAGAUUAAAAGUCCAAGGCUUGCAUCAGACGCUUCCAAAGUUGCAGUAGCAAAACUAGUUGAUGGUUACUUAGCUGAGAUUGCGCGGGAUCCUAAUUUAGCUUUGUCAAAGUUUUUGAAUCUAGCCGAAAUGGUCUCCGGCUUCUCAAGACCAUCUCAUGAUGGUAUUUACCGUGCCAUUGAUAUGUAUCUUAAGGAACACCCUGGGAUCAGCAAGAGCGAAAGGAAGAGAAUAUGCAGAUUGAUGGACUGCAGGAAGUUGUCAGCAGAGGCCUGCAUGCACGCCGUGCAAAACGAGCGUCUACCUUUGCGAGUUGCUGUGCAAGUCCUCUUCUUUGAGCAGGUUAGGGCCACAACCUCUGCUGGAAACAGCACACCGGACUUACCGGGAUCCAUCCGGGCCUUACUUCCUGGUGGAUCUCACGGCAGCUCAAGGUCCACCACAACCAACACGGAAGACGACUGGGAUUCUGUUCCCACAGCCGAGGAUAUCAAGGCUUUAAAAGGGAAGCUUGCUACUCUAAGGUUAGGAGGCGGUGAUGUUGGUGUUGGCAGCAACAGAAGUGGCAUUGAUGGGGCCAAAAGCAACGCGGAGAGAGCUGCAGCCAAUAAGAAAGGCUUGAUCAUGUCGAAAAGGCUCUUCUCUAAGCUCUGGUCGAGCAAAGAGAGGAGCGGCGAGAACAGCAGCUCCGAGACGUCGGAGAGCCCCGGUUCUACAAACGCCGAGGAAACAAAAUCCACUCCCUCGGCCAGAAGUGGGAGGCAUUCGGUGUCUUAGUGGCAGGCCAGGCCUUAGAAGGAUGGAAGAGAAUGUUGUGUUGUUGGAUUGUAAAGUGGUCUCAUCCGAAUUGACAGUAGGAAGGUUAGAAUCUGCUAACGAGUUAUUUUUUUAAGCUGAUUUUUCAGUGGGAUUUUGGGCGGGAGAAGGUAAACAGAAGUGCCCCAGAAGCAGCAUUUCCUAUAAGAGCUGUUGGAGUUGGUCUUCACGUUAUAUUAUCCACCCAAAAGAUUUGGUCCUUUUCACUUUAAAGUGGGUUUCUAAUGAUAACCCAGUUUUGCUGUACCAUAACCAAAAAAAAAAAAAAAAAAAUGGCUAACUUGUUUUUGUGGUUGACAUCUUCAUAUCUUAUCAGGCCAUCAUCAGGUCAUGAGCUGAGAUUUUCUUUAACAUCCAAAAUGGUUGGUAUUUAGGGGCUUUCCUUUUCCCUCAUCAAAUUUCAAUAAUGCAAGUUGUAUCAGCUUUUAGGUAGCCUAUCUGAUUCAAAGUACCUAUUGGGCUCAACUCAAACUAGCUUGACCCAUUUCUAGUCGUUCUUACAAAUGAGAGGCCAUGAAUCUACGCAUAGGCAUCUGCACAAAAAUAGUUUUAAUCUCACUCACAAAGUGGUGGGUUUCACUAAAUUAAGUCUCGGGAGACCUACCUCAUAUGAGUAGUG